AUGAUUAUCGGGUCUUUCAACAUCAGAGGUGGUUGCAUCUAUGUUAAAAGAAGAAGGAUUCAUCAGAUAAUUAGCAAAGGGAGGGCGGAUCUGUUUCUUCUCCAAGAAACAAAAUUGAAAUCUUGCUCUGAGUCUACAGCAAAAAGUUUCUGGCGCGUGGAAGAUAUCGAAUACUCUAUUUCCGACUCGGUAGGUAUGUCUGGUGGCCAAAUUAUUUUGUGGAAUGCUAGGAAGAUGAAAGUAGUUUGCAGUUUUAGGGGUGCUGGUUUUUUAGGUGUUAAAGUUUUUUGGAUGGACAAACUGUACUAUAUAUGCAAUGUAUACUCUCCUUGUAGUCUUUCCCUAAAGCGUGAACUAUGGAAAAGUCUAUUGGUUAUGAAAGAUAGAUUCAAUGAUGGAGAAUGGCUGAUAGGAGGAAACUUCAAUGCUGUUAAAAAUGGAGGGGAAAGGAAAGGUAGGACUGUGGUGGGUAAUCAUGCGGAGUGGGAUGAAUUUUCUGGCUUCAUUAAUGAUACAGGGCUGGUGGAUGUCUCUUGCAAAGUCAAGAAAUUCAGCUGGUUUAGUAGUGAUGGUAGAUCGAAAAGUCGUAUACAUCACUUCUUGGUGUCAAACAACAUAGUGAAUUGGUGGGGUGUCGUAGGGCAACAAAUUGGUGAAAGGGACAUAUCCGAUCACUUCCCAAUUUGGAUUGUCGUAGAUAAGAAGGAUUGGGGACCGAAGCCAUUCAAAUUCAAUAAUGAAUGGUUUCAAAAUAAGGAUUUUAUUGGCUUUGUAGAGAAGGAAUGGAAAGGGUUGGAAGUUCACGGGCGAGGAAACUUUGUUUUGAAGGAGAAAUUGAGACUUCUCAAAAGUAAACUUAGAUGGUGGAACACAACCGUCUUUGGAAAAAUAGAUAUGGAGUUGGAGGAAGGAGUUAAGGAGAUUAACGCCAUUGAUAAUCUUCCUUCGGAUGAGGAAAUGGAGGUGGGAGAUAGAUAG